AGUCCGCGCCCUGGCCCGGGGCCGGACCCGGCCCGCACCGCCGCGUCUGGGGGAGCGAGAGAGUCGGUAAUCGCUUCGGGGAUCUAAGGAGACAGACAUAGGACCCGGAGCCCGCAUCAGCACCUCACGGCUGCCUCCCGGGGUGGGCGCGGGCCCCGCACACGGUAAGACCUCCUGCUUUCGCUCAGGCUGAAGAGUCAAGGUGUAUGUACUCGUAUAAAUUUAAUUUCCUGUCCUCCAUCCGAGUCAUCAGGCCACCGAUGGUUUUUGUUCUCCCUUCUUGAAGAAUAAGUCUUUCUUUACCCAUCAGCUCGCCCCACUCUCUCCCGCCGCUUAGAAAUAGAACUUGGCUGUGUUUAGGCGCUCUGAGCGAGAAGGCGCCGACCCGGAGUCCGGAGCGCCUGGCGGGCGCCGUUCGCCGCAGCCGGGCCCAUGGGCCACUAGCGGUGCCCCAGCUCGGCCCGGCCUCCCUGCGCUCCCCUCCCUAUGUGAGGCGCGGCGGGGCGAGCGGGGCGCCAGAGGAAGAGGAGGACCCACGGGCGCCGGGCCGGAAGGCAGCUGGCAGCAGGCCCAGGCGAGCGGGCGCCCGCGUUCAUGUUCCGCCAGGAGCAGCCGCUGGCCGAGGGCAGCUUUGCGCCCAUGGGCUCCCUGCAGCCGGACGCGGGCAACGCGAGCUGGAACGGGACCGAGGCGCCGGGGGGCGGCGCCCGGGCCACCCCUUACUCUCUGCAGGUGACGCUGACGCUGGUGUGCCUGGCCGGCCUGCUCAUGCUGUUCACGGUGUUCGGCAACGUGCUAGUCAUCAUCGCCGUGUUCACGAGCCGCGCGCUUAAGGCGCCCCAAAACCUCUUCCUGGUGUCUCUGGCCUCGGCCGACAUCCUGGUGGCCACGCUUGUCAUCCCUUUCUCACUGGCCAACGAGGUCAUGGGCUACUGGUACUUCGGCAAGGCAUGGUGCGAGAUCUACCUGGCGCUCGACGUGCUCUUCUGCACGUCGUCCAUCGGGCACCUGUGCGCCAUCAGCCUGGACCGCUACUGGUCAAUCACGCAGGCCAUCGAGUACAACCUGAAGCGCACGCCUCGUCGCAUCAAGGCCAUUAUCGUAACCGUGUGGGUCAUCUCGGCCGUCAUCUCCUUCCCGCCGCUCAUCUCCAUCGAGAAGAAGGGCGGGGGCGGCGGCCAGCAGCCGGCCGAGCCGCGGUGCGAGAUCAACGACCAGAAGUGGUACGUCAUCUCGUCGUGCAUCGGCUCCUUCUUCGCGCCCUGCCUCAUCAUGAUCCUGGUCUACGUGCGCAUCUACCAGAUCGCCAAGCGCCGCACCCGCGUGCCGCCCAGUCGCCGGGGCCCCGACGCGGCCGCCGCGCCGCCGGGGGGCGCCGAUCGCAGGCCGAACGGCCUGGGGCCGGAGCGCUGCGGGGGCUCCGCGGGCGCCGAGGCCGAGCCGCUGCCCACGCAACUCAACGGCGCCCCCGGGGAGCCCGCGCCGGCCGGGCCGCGCGAGGCCGACGCGCUGGACCUGGAGGAGAGCUCGUCGUCCGAGCACGCCGAGCGGCCCCCGGGGCUCCGCAGACCCGAGCGCGGUCCCCGGGCCAAGGGCAAGGCCCGGGCGAGCCAGGUGAAGCCCGGGGACAGCCUGCCGCGGCGCGGGCCCGGGGCGACGGGGCCCGGGGCACCGGCGGCCGGGCCGGGGGAGGAGCGCGGCGGGGGCGCCAAGGCGUCGCGCUGGCGCGGGCGGCAGAACCGCGAGAAGCGCUUCACCUUCGUGCUGGCCGUGGUCAUCGGCGUGUUCGUGGUGUGCUGGUUCCCCUUCUUCUUCACCUACACGCUCACGGCCGUCGGCUGCCCCGUGCCGCACACGCUCUUCAAUUUCUUCUUCUGGUUCGGCUACUGCAACAGCUCGCUGAACCCGGUCAUCUACACCAUCUUCAAUCACGACUUCCGCCGCGCCUUCAAGAAGAUCCUCUGCCGCGGGGACAGGAAGCGCAUCGUGUGAGAGCGCCCCGCCCGCGCCCCGCACAGACCCGGGCGGACGGCAGGCAGCGGGCACCGACGGGCGCUCGGAAACCCGGGGCCUGCACGCGCUGUUCCUGAGGCUGCCAAACAUGCAGCCCGCAUCGUCGUUACGGGCCGUUCUUCAGGGUGGUCCGCCCGUCAUCAGUAUUGUUUUCUAAAGGUGUUUUCACCCUCUCCUGGUCCACCUCUCAUAUCUCCU